AUGGUUCAUAAAGGUGAUUUGGUUGUUAUUGGAAUCUCCGUAGGUUUGGCCCUUGGUAUCUUGAUAGCUUUACUUAUAUUUUUUGGCAUAAAGUGGUACAAGAAGCGUGCUAAUCUCCGACAGUGUUCAAAUGAUCAUAGUCUUCCGACUCUUCCAAUACGCAUGAAUGGCCUGGGUACAAGCAAUGACUUUAGUGCAUCUCUUGCAAGUUCCAUUACCAUCCAGGGAUCAGAACCUAAGAAGAGCUCCCAGGUUUCUUCUUGGUGGAAUCAUCACAGUAAAGAUCGGUUUGCUUCUGCAUCAGGCAUACUUAGAUAUUCUUACAAGGAUAUUCAGAAAGCUACACAAAAUUUCACGACUGUUUUGGGACAAGGUUCAUUUGGUCCUGUAUAUAAAGCAGUUAUGCCUACUGGAGAAGCAUUGGCUGUGAAGGUGCUUGCUUCUAACUCAAAGCAGGGGGAAAAAGAGUUCCAAACAGAGGUAUCUCUUUUAGGAAGGCUGCAUCACCGCAAUCUUGUGAAUUUGUUAGGAUAUUGUAUAGAUAAAGGAAGCCACAUGUUGAUUUAUCAGUUCAUGAGUAAUGGGAGCUUAGCGAACCAUCUUUAUAAUGAUGAAGAACAAUUUUUGAGUUGGGAAGAAAGACUUCAAAUUGCCCUUGAUAUUUCACAUGGAAUUGAAUAUCUUCAUGAAGGGGCAGUCCCACCUGUUAUACAUCGUGAUUUGAAGUCUGCAAACAUAUUGCUGGACCAGUCAAUGAGAGCUAAAGUUGCUGAUUUUGGACUUUCAAAAGAAGAGGUCUUUGAUGAGCACAACUCUGGCUUGAAAGGUACAUAUGGCUACAUAGAUCCAGUGUACAUAUCCACAAACAAGUUCACCAUGAAGAGUGACAUCUACAGUUUUGGUAUUAUCAUCUUCGAACUUAUUACAGCGAUCCACCCACAUCAAAACCUAAUGGAAUACGUUAAUCUCGCUGGUAUGAGUCCAGAUGGUGUUGAUGAAAUACUAGACAAGAAGCUGGUUGGAGAAUGCAGAAUUGAAGAAGUGAGGGACCUAGCUGCCAUUGCCCACAAAUGCUUGCAAAAAUUCCAAAGAAAGAGACCUUCAAUAGGAGAAGUUUCACAGGCUAUAUUGAAGAUAAAACAAAGGCGCCUUGAUAGGGAAAAGUCUAGAGAAUUUUCACGAGUUGUGAGCAGGAUACAGGAUCAACAGGUGGAGUUGAGUAGGAUGGCCAGCAUAAAAGAUGACGAUUGA